AUGUGUUAUAGUGUUAACAAUGUGAUUAUUUCCAAUCGAAAUUUUCAUGCAAUCAGUACUUGUUCAAGUCGUGAAGCAAGUUUCGAUGAGGAUGAUGAUAAUGAUGACAGGCUUAAUAUCAAUCAACAUCUUAUUACACAUUAUCAAUCGCUAGAAACAUGUAAUAAAAGUAAAAGUUGUGAUAGUCUACAUGAAAUAAGUACAAAAAAUGAAAGAAUGAAUUAUUUAUCGAUUUCUCCUUGUUCUUCCACUUCAUCAUCAAUCGAUCGUAAUAAUGAUGAGAAUAAAAGGAAUCAUGUAAAGAUUUUAUCUGAUUCCCCCAGUGACAACAAUAGUCAAUUCAUCAUACAAAAAUUUCCUAAAACAAUCAUAAUAUCCAAUCAAUAUUCUAAUAAUGAAUCAUUAUCACAUUUCAAAUUGAAUAUGAGCGCUCAAUAUAAUAAUCAAUAUCAUGAUGAUGAUGAUGAUGGUGGUGGUGGUGCUGUAAUAGAACAUGAUUAUUAUAAUCAAUAUCAAUCAAGGAAUCAUUCAUUAUCUGAUUCAACAACAUGUAAUUCUCAAGAGAAAUUCAAUGAAAUACCAAGAAAACUUUCAACAUUGACAAAAUGUAUAAAGCAUAUUCAUCAAUUCAUGAAUUCUUCAUUUACAUUUGGUAAUUAUUUAACAAAUAAACAUGUAUAUAAUAGUCAAACAAAAUUAUUAAUGAUGGAAUCGAAGUAUAAUAUAUUUCAUAAUAGAAAUGAUUGA